GCAGUUUGAAGGGUUCGCCGUUGUGGCAAGCGCCAAACGUUGAACCUUUAACGAUCAGGCCGCCCUGUUUCGCGGCAGUCUGGAGCAGGCUGCGCCCGAGCCUCGGGCUCGGCGACGAGCUGGGCGGCAAGGGCGGUCGUCCGCGUUGCCGAUCAGCACGAGGCUGGAGAUGGGCGCGCGCAUUGGCGCUUGGGUCGAGGAGCAAGCAGGAGCUGGCAUCCACUACACUCGCAUGCCGUGGGGUGCCCUCGCCACCAACAUGUUCAACCUGACGCCCUCCAAUGCCGUGGCGUGCCGGCUGAAGCGGGUCUACGCGGAGUGGGCCGGCAAGAGCAAGGCUGGGCGCCUGACCCCAGCAGGGGCGGGCGCGGAGGACCGGCAGCAGAGGAGGCGGCGGUCGGACGACCCGCAGGGAGUUCGAGUGGAUUCUCUUCGGCCAGGCCUGGGCGACGGAGGGCGGCCGGGGAGGAGCGGCGGACGCCGCCGCCGCCCUGCACCGGCUCAUCAACCAGUGCGCCCCUGGCGGCGCGGACCUGUUCCGCAGACGGUGGCAGCCUCCCGCCCUGCUGGAGACGUGCGGCACGGUGGCUCCGAAAGCGCUCGUGUACGCGAUCAUUUUGCUUAGCACGUGGCUUGGGCCAGAGGCGUACCCAGAGGGCGUGCGCGAGUGGCCGCCUGCCAUCCCUGCCGCAGUCACUGCGGGGUAGUGCUAGUGCUUGCAGCUCGCCGCCCGAAUGUCCGCACAUUGGGCACUGAGCUGUCCGGCAGGGUAGGCGGCCGAAAAAAGAAGAAACAACAAAACAGAAU